AUGGCCGCCAUGAAGCUGUAUGAGGAUGUGCUGGCGCAGGACGGCGUGACGACCAGGCAGAAGCAGGCCGCGCUCUUCGGCUCCACGGCGGUGCACGCGUCUUUUGGGGACAUCGAGCUGGCGCAGAUCACGCUGCGGGAGGGCAUCCGCAACGGCCUGGACUUUGACCAAGCGCUGGCGGACCCAGAUUUGCCCGACUUUGUCACGUCGCCCCAGAUGCUCAUCCAGCUGCGCCGCUUCAACCAGACGGCGCAGGGCGCGCUCGCCGCGCGCUCGUCGCGGGCGGUGCAGCGGCAGCGGAUCGGCGGCACGAGCAGCGCUGGGGCCGGCGCGGGGGCGGGGACGGGGUUGAACCAGGACAUCGGUGGCAUGUUCGGGAGCUCAACCUCGGACACCGCACAGGUUGACACGUCCGUCAUAGGUGAGCACUCCGAGGGUACUUCUGAUCAGGCGCCUCCAAGGGCGCCGCGCGUCUGA